GGGGGGGAACAAGGUGAAGACAACAGAAGAGCGGACGGAGUUUUUUGGGGGGGAAGCAGUUUGUGUGGAGAUCCAGACGAGGACAGUCGAAGCGCCGGCUGCUGCUCCGCCGCGCGUCCCGGGCACGAUUCUGGAGCCGCGUCCUGCGCUUUGAUUACCGGUGCUGGUGAGACCAGAGGGUGCCACUCCCUACAGAGGGAACACUGAAGGUACAACAUGGCCUUAGCAGGAUGUCCUGACUACUUCUUAUGUCACGCAAACUACCAGGAGAACAUGGACUGCACUUCCUCUCGCAGGCCCGAGGAGCUGAUUGUUCCAGGCUUUCAGCGCCCGGCCAAUCAAAAUUUGCCACAUCACCAUGACGAUGAUGUGGACCUGGAGCAGCUGGUGAAUGACAUGAACUCUUCCAUGGAGAGUGUGUACUCUACGCAGGCGGACACGGCUCUGCUCCUGAACAACGGCCACGCGCACGCUCCACACCACCACCACCACCACCACCAGCACCACUUGCAUCCUGCCUACCCGGGACACGGCCAGGCCCAUCGCCGUCACACUCCGCCCCUGCCUUCUUCCUCCCCCUCCAGGGAGAGGCUGCGGCACUCUCAGCCCAUGCACAUCCGGGCCGUCAGGUGCCUGCAGGAAGAGCAGCAGCUGCGUCCAGCCUCCCUGCCAGCCAUCCCAAACCCUUUCCCUGAGCUCUGCAGCCCAGCAGGCUCCCCUGUGCUCAGCCCCAUACAGACCUCUGAGAACCACAUAGUGAAGGUUUGGAGCGAAGAUGGGGCCGGUAAAGUGGUGGAGAUCCCCGCGGACAUGACAGCCAGAGACGUCUGCCAGCUCCUGGUCUACAAGAGCCACUGUCUAGACGACAACGCCUGGACGCUGGUGGAGCACCACCCCAUCCUUGGCCUUGAGAGAUGUCUGGAGGACCACGAGCUGGUGGUUCAGGUUCAAGCCUCCAUGAGCAGCGACAGUAAAUUCCUCUUCAGGAAGAACUAUGCCAAAUAUGAAUUCUUCAGGAACCCCCUGAACUUUUUUCCGGAGCAGAUGGUGGCUUGGUGUCAGGAGUCUGACGGCUCAAUCCCUCAGUCACAGCUCUUACAGAACUUUCUGAACUCCAGCAGCUGUCCAGAGAUUCAGGGCUAUUUGUACUUGAAGGAGCCUGGGCGCAAGUCCUGGAAGAAACUCUACAUGUUCCUGCGACGCUCCGGGCUCUACUACUCUACUAAAGGAACAUCCAAGGAGCCCAGACACCUGCAACUGCUGUCAGAUCUGGAGGACAGUAACAUCUUCACCAUCAUCACAGGCAGAAAACUCCACAAUGCUCCCACAGAUUACCAGUUUUGCAUCAAGCCCAGUAAAGUGAGGAGUGACUGUAAGGAGCUAAAGAUGCUGUGUGCUGAGGACGAACAGAGCAGGACCUGCUGGAUGACCGCCUUCAGACUGCUCAAAUAUGGGAUAGUACUUUAUCAGAGCUACAACGUUCCCCAGCAGAGGAAGUCUAACCUCUCGCCUUUCACGGCGCCUGUGCGGAGCGUAUCUGAGAACUCCUUGGUUGCCAUGGACUUCUCCGGACGGACUGGUCGCGUCAUCGACAACCCAGUCGAGGCCCAGAGCGCUGCCCUGGAGGAAGGACAGACCUGGAGGAAACGGAGCCAGCGUAUGAAUGUCCUGGGCAGUCCCAGCCCCCUGCACCCGUCCUCUCUGAGCACAGUGAUACACAGGACACAGGUGUGGUUCCAUGGUCGCAUCAUGAGAGAGGAAGCCCACAAAAUGAUCAUGCAACAAGGCCAAGUAGACGGGUUAUUCCUGUUGCGGGACAGUCAGAGUAAUCCCAAGGCAUUCGUGCUCACCUUGUGCCACCACCAGAAGAUCAAGCACUUCCAGAUCCUACCGUGUGAGGAGGACGGUCAGGUGUUCUUCAGCCUCGACGACGGCACCACCAAGUUCACCGACCUCAUCCACCUGGUGGAGUUCUAUCAGCUCAACAGAGGAGUGCUGCCCUGCAAGCUCAAACACCCCUGCACCGCUGUGGCCUUGUGACACUCCACACCCCCAACACCACCACCCCUUUUUUUUGCACACCUCUCACCCUGAGAUCCAACCCUCCCCCAUCUGCCCCUUCCUCACCAGCGCAAUGAGGUCGAGGAGAAAAGUUAAGUUGAGUUUCGGGGAUGUGAACAACUCGGCAGGAGCCGGCAUUAAUGCGCCCGUGCAUUUCUCCGCCUUACAGCUGUUUGGAUGUUUGAAUGGCAACCGUUCGGACAGUUCAAGCGUUGCAGAUUGUGGUCCCAGCAGCCGCCCGGCUCCUGCCACGUUAGCAUGGAGACUCGGUUGUUUUGUCAUUGCCCUUUUGACCCUGGAGAGAGACCAUAUGUUAAUGACAACACAAGACAGCUAAGGCCUGUCCUCCGAUGGAUCCCUUCCUUAGAGUCCCUCACCAUUCAGCCCCCGACCUCCCUCAUCCUUCAGGCCUGAUAAGCUGUGGUGCCUGCCCCACCCGCACCCCUUCGCUGGCGAGGUGAGCGGGGAGCGCCACCCUCUGACUUCCUCAUCGAUCAUCAGGGAUGGACGGGAGACUCUCUGGGUCUUAUCAAACUCGAUCCAGGAGUUUUCUCAACCUGUGCAGUCCAGUCUGGAUAAGCUGACACCCUGCCCGCCCCCCUAACCGCCACCAUCACCACCUCCACCGCCACCUCCACCUGAGCGGACUAGAUGCGGCCCCUCUGCUGUGUCCCGUCCCGCAAUCCCCUGGUGCAACUCCGAUCUCCCCUCUCCUCCUCCACAAAAGCUUAGAGAAAAGUCGUGAGAGAAAAAAGAGAAGUAGCUGAAGGCAAGAUAAGCAGAGCAGUGGCGAGGGUUUGCUGAAAGGACAGAGGAAUGUUUAUCAGGAAGGCUGAAACAAGCCUCUCUUGUAGAGUUGAUUACUUGAUGUCAUUUUAAUGCUGUUUUAUUACUGUUGAUUCAAUGCAGAACUAGUUUUGCACUCCUGGGCGGACAGACGACAGCUGUUCUCUCUAGCUAAAUGAAGCUGCCUGCUCUCUGUUCGUCGUCCUUCUCCUCCUCCUCCUCCUCCUCCUCCUCCCCCCCCGAAAAGCAUGCAUGUGAAUUUCCACCAGUUCUGAUUGGAUUACAGUGGCAUGGGAGCAAAGAGAGUCACGGCUGAUUAUGCAGUGCCUUUCAGACAGGUUUGGGAACAUCUUGGACCUCUGUGUGUCUUGAAGCAACGUAACCAUGCUUUGGUUAAAAAAUGAAUGUGCUCUUGUGUCUCAAGACCAUGAGGAAGAGGAGGAAGACUGUAAAGUAGACUCCUGAAAAAAAAAAAGUGUCCACCCCCAAGCUUCUACCAUUUCAGUCUUUUUUGUUUGUUUGUUUGUUUGUUUUUUAAUCAGAAGGGUUAAAUCUGUUGGUGAAUUUAUCUUUGAAUGUCAUUUUCCUCUCCGAAGUCUGUUCUGAGCUCACUGCUUGCACAUUUGAAUUGUCACAUUCAGAUUCUGACCACUGUUCAUUCACAUUCACUCCAGAAGAGACAAAUCAGCAAAAGCGCUCCCAUUUUGUUUUGUUUUUGUUUUAAUAUGGAAUUGAACAAAUAACUUGAAAUGUGAGCUCAGGUGACUGUGCAGCAACACGGUCCAAUGAGAUUCACUCGCCUUAAGUGAAAAUUGUGAGCCUAAGCUAUGUUAAAAUGCACAUACAGUAACACAUUAUAGAUGUUAAGAGGAUGGUAUAACAUCAAGACUGUUUGUAAUUAUGUUAAAUGGAUAGUUUAACAUUUUUGGGAAAAUUCUUCACUUUCUCACCAACAGUAAAAUGGGAAGAUGAAUACCACUCUCACUACGGUACUGUAAAUAUGAAGCUACAGCCAGCAGCCUGUUAGCUUAGCUUAGCACAAAGACUAGAAACAGAGGGAAACAGCUAGCCUGGCUCAUUCCAAGGUAACAAAAUCCACCUGCCAGCACUUUUAAAGCUCAUUAAGUGUAAACACAUUAUAUGAUGCUGUGUUUAGAUUUAUCAAGGGUUUGGAAGUUACCAUAUGCUUCCUAAGCUAAAUUAACCAGCUGCUGUACAUUAGCUUCAUAUUUACGGUACUGUGCACACCACAGUGAAAAUAAGUCUUUAUUGUGUUAUCUCUUUCAUUGAGUUAGACUAAACUACAGACUCAACGCUAUCUAUCUUCUCCGCUUUCUUGAGACAAGAAAGCGCAGAAGUAUGGUUUCCAAGCUGUCAAACUAUUUUUAAUAGCAAAAAUCCACUUGAUCCACACUUCAGGAAAAAAGGUGCAGCUGAUGCUGACUUGCAUCACUGGGCCUGUUUUCUCGUUGGGUGCUGUGUUUAUCUUACUUUUGUAGAUGACUGGCUGAAAUGUAACAUCAUGUCUGGAUAUUUCUACAAGAUAUAUGGGAGUUAGCACCAGUGGUGAACAUCGCGAUAUGUGUCAGUCCCUCACAACAGUAAGGACUUCUUUCUUAGACGGCCAUUUUGUAACAAUUAAACAAGGAGAAAUUCAUCUCCACACCAGCAGCAGCCUCAGUAGACCAGAAUGCUUUGCAGCCAUCAGGUGUGUGUGGUCCAGAGGGAGCAUUACUAGUGUUACUGAAUCAUUUUAGAGCUGAAAUGAAUAUUGAUUAAUCAACACAAAAUUAUUUGGCAACUCUUUGAAUAGUCAGAAAUCUUUUUAUACGCCAAAAUCUGAUGCCUCCAGCUUUCAAAUGUGAGCAUAUGCUGCUUUUCAUGAUUCAGUCUAUAAUAUUUGUAAGUACAGGCUUUUACAUUAUAGUUGACAAAGUAUCUUUAGGUUUUGGAUUGUUGCUUAGACAAAAAAAAACAUUUUCCUGACAUUUUAUAGACCAAAUGAGUCUGGGAUUAAUCAAGAAAAUCAACAGAUCUCCCAUCAUUUAGCUAGCUAGCGCAAUUUCUGUGGCUAUAGGCCAAUAAUACAUUGAAAACAAUAUGGGUAUGCUUAUUCUGGUGGUUGCUGAAAAGCAUUCUGGGAGAUUAAGUGAAGAGGAAGGUACAUUAGGGAAAAUGUGUCCACCAAAAAAGUUGACAUUAAUACUUAAAUCACUAAAAAAAGAAAAUCUGUCUGUGAGCACGGUGAACGUUGUUGCCCCCUUGUGGUAGCAUUGAAAAACACAUUCGCAUGCUAUAUUCAUUUUAAAAAGCCAUACACUGUGGCUUUCAGAGAUCAUCUGAGUGGAUGUUUUUGCUCUAAAUUUGUCCCUGACUGCCCUGUUAUCAUCCCAAAAAAGUGACGACCAUUAUGUAGGAAUGUAAAACAGGAAAGGGGUUAGAGAAGACAUUUAAGUUGUUCUCUCCUACUGUCGCGUGACCAGCGAAUGAAAAGCUGCAGUGACAUAACACCUGCUUAGCUUCGCCCUCCUGUUCUCACCUGCGCCUCCCCUCCGUCCUGUGCCAGAUUCACAGUCGUCAGGGUUAGCACGAGGCCACCAGACUCCCCGCCAGGCGAACUAAACUCUCUCCAAGUACUGUCACCGACUCACAGGCCACUGCCACACCAUUCGACCAAUCAUGUGACUUGACAGACUCACCAGCUCUGCGCUCCACCAAUCAGGCCUUUUCUAGUCAGCCAGGGCAGACUCUCUCUCUGUCUCUCCCUCUCUCCCUCUCACUCUCCCUCUCACUCUCUCUCUCUUUCUUUCCUUCCCGGGAUUGGAUAAUGCUUGAACCCCUCACCCCCCUUUCCCACCUGUGUCCAGCCUGUAAGCUAUGACCUUGUGGUGAAUAUUUGUGUGUGGAUCCAUGUGUGUGUGUGUGUGGAUGGCCAGACUGUUAUAUUCACUAUUCAGGAUCGCUAAGUCUGCUGGUUAUCAUAACUUGCCUUGAAAGAGGAAGGUUGCUUUGUUCGGUCGGGUGAAAUCAAGCUAAGCCGUGGAUUUAGAGGAGAUGGGAGUUUAGCUGGACGUAUCCCAGAAUUCCCAGUAGUCAGUGGAGGGUUCUUCCUUUCUGUCAGAGAGGGACGCGAAGCCACACCGCUAUGGGUCAGCGGGGACGAACCACCGUCCUCUCCUCCUCCCUCCAUUUUUAAUCACUGUGCUACAAUGCAAUCCUAUACACAAGCCCAAGUAUAUGAACAUACCAGUAUACAGUAUCAUUUGUUUUCUAAGUAUGUGAAGCUAUGGAAAAGAUGUAGAUCUAACACUGUACCUAGGUCACAGAUCACUAUGUAUGGGGCGUUAUGCUUUUGCUCAUAACUCCGUGUAAAAUGAAGAAUGAUUUAUUUUGUCCUUUUUUCCAUUAUUUGAUUGUGUGUAUAUUGACAUUAUUGUUUUUUCUUUGGUUUGCCACAAAAUGACCUAUAUAUAUAUAUAUAUAUAUAU